AUGGAGGGGAGUGCGCCGCCACCGUUGCCGCGGGGUGCUGGAAAUGAACCGAAGUCGGCGCGAGGGCAGCGACGCCGUGCGGGGCGGCCGCGGCGAGCGUCACCGGCGCGGCGUACCUCGCCGCGGCGCCGCCGCCGCCGCUCGCCGCCGUCGCCGGCCACGGCCGCCGCGACGGCCCCGCCGCGGCGGGCCCCCCUCCCCUCCUCCUCCUCGUCCGACGACGGCGUGGACGACGACGUCGACGACGACGACGACGACGACGACGACGGCGGCGGCCAGAGCGAGGAGAUGGCCGAGUCGGUGCGGAGGGCCUCGUCCUCCCGCUCGUCGCCGUGGCCCAGGGCGGCCAUCGCUCGCGCCGCGUCGUCGCGGUCGGCCGCCGUGUCGAAGCGCGCCACCGUGAAGGCGUGGUUCUUCUCCCCGUACCUGCAGCACACCUCACAGGGGUCCACCCACAGCGUGAGCUCCCGCGGCAGGCACAGGUCAACGAGGCGCAGACCGCUUGUCCCGGCAGGCCGCCACCAGCACCGGAAUGGCAAGAAGAAGAAGAAGCUGGUGCUGAAAUGUACGCUGGACUGCACACACCCCGUGGAGGAUGGCAUCAUGGACUCGGCCAACUUUGAGCGGUUCCUGAAGGAGCGCAUCAAGGUGGACGGCAAGACGGGCAAAGUGAGCGAGCACUCGCACGUGAUGGUGGAGCGCAGCAAGAGCAAGAUUACCGUCUCCUCCGAGAUCUCCUUCUCCAAGCGGUACCUCAAGUACCUGAAGAGGAUCGACCUGCGGGACUGGCUGCGUGUGGUCGCCGCCAGCAAGGAAUCCUACGGGCUGCGCUACUUCCAGAUCAACCAGGACGAGGAGGAGGACGAAGAGGACUAAGCACUGGGCGUGCCCACCUCGUUCAGCUGGCUAUCCGGUUGUUGCCCACGCAAUGCCAAUAAAAAUGACUCGUGGA